AUGCUCGCAAUACAAGCAGGCAACGCAACGAGCGACUCGGAAGAUUUGAUCAUGAGUGAUUCAAACGUCAGCAUGAGUGACGCGGAAUCCGAAUCUACCAGACCUCCUUACAGUUCCAUCCCGGACCUUCCACAAUUACCUGCGCUUUUUCAAGACGAUCAAGGUGUUGUUCGUUCUACGGUUCGUCAAGAGAAUGGCGCGGAUCCUACGGGAGAUCAAGAUGGAGAUGGAGAUGGAGAUGAUGAAGAUGAGGAGGAGAAGGAAGAGGAGGACAAUAACGAUGGUGACGGCGAUGAUGAAGACGAUGACGUUGAAGAUGAGGACAUUCAAGAUGCCGAUGAAUGGCCCUACCAUCUGGGCCUACCGACCAGAUCCAUAGGAACAAGCUCCCUGAUCCAGGCUUGGGAGUCUGUCUGCAGCUUCUAG